UAAGGAUAUACGGUACAUUAAAUAGUUCAGCAUAAAUAUAGAACGAAAACAAAAUUAUUUUCAUGGUUAAAAUACGUGAUUUUAACUUAUCUUUUCAUAAAUUGAUGUGUUCAGCUGCUUUUAUGAAUUGGAUAAUUCAAAUUUUACUACUUUGUUCCAGAAAGUGCCGCAAUUUGAAUUUCGGUCAUGCCAUUUACAAUAUUCAAUAGAGGAUAACAGCUACAGACAGCCUUAGAGAAUCCAUAUAUAAACACAGAAACUUUGUAUUUGAAGCAUUGUUCACAUCUGAAUACCAACAUGUUCAAACUUUUGAUAUUAUCUGUAGCAGCUUUUGCAGUUUUUGCACAUUCUGGGAGUUUUGUAAGAGAACGUUUUUCAACUAAACGUCUUACGAAUGGUCGUUCCAUGUUAGCUUUGAUGUGUGUACCAGAAAAUUGUACUACAUUAGAAAUGAGAGAUAAAAUUCGCAGUUGUAUGCCAGAUCUGGCUCAAAAAGCUUGGAAUGAAUGCGAAAAUACAUGCGAUGGAACUAUCACAAGAGAGUUAAGAGAAUGUUUACUCGAUGUAUUGGCUAAUGUUACAACCGCUCAGGCAAGAAAUUUAUUUCGAUCCAUCACGGACAUCGAUAAACUUCAAGUAUGA